UCAACUGUCUUUGAUAAGCCGUCUAAAUUUUUGCCUUAGGUCCCUCAGGUGCAGUGGCCCAUCAACUGCUGUUAUAAACUCUUGUUUUGCUACCUAUUAUGCAUCAACCCAUUUCAUCAGAGAUUAAUGAUCUUUUGACUAUUAAAUUACAGUUUCUCAUUGUGCUAGGAACCGAAUGAUGAGGCUUGGGCUUGGUGUUUACACUAUCAAAACGGAUCUAUAAAAGUCUCUGGGAAGUGGGAUAUAUACGUCCCAGUUAUCCUCAUAUUGUCAACCAUUUCAUGACCGUCCAGUGGCGAAGGACCUCCGCAACGAAUUUCCUUCCGCACCCGUAAAGAUAAUCGACACUGUUAAUCUUGCACUAAAUAAAAAUGUGUUGGCGAAUCCUUUCUAUGAAAGCUCCAUCAGCCACAUUUCUCGUCGCUUUUACAUUGUGCAUUCUGAAUAAUCAAACAGACGUUAACGGAGAAGUCAUCACUCGAAGACCUUGCAGAAUACCCUGCACGCGUGAAUACAAUCCUGUAUGUGGGACAGACGGGAGAACGUACGCCAAUCCAUGUGUGCUGAAAGCCAAAAACAUGUGCGAUGGUACUCGUGUCAGAAAAGCUUACAAUGGCAGAUGCGACUAUUAUGGGAGAAAUGAGUUGGCUUUUUAUCCAUCGCGAUUAUUGACGAGAAGUCAAAUAUUUGAAAAUUAUUACACGAUGAAUUACUGAAGGGCUAUAGUCUAAUUGAGGUUAUACACUUAAAU